CAGGUGCAGCCUCCAGAUCCAGCCAGCAUUCGUGUGCUGCGGGGGCACCAGCUGCCGGUCACUUGCCUGGUCAUCUCUCCAGAUGACAAGUUCAUCUUUUCUGCUUCCAAGGAUGGCUCCCUCAUCAAAUGGGAGGUGGACAGUGGGAAGAGGCUGUGUGUGGUGCCUGGGGGGAAGAAGGGCACGGAGGAGCAGCACAUGGGACAUGCAUCCCAGAUCCUCUGCAUGGCCAUCUCAUCGGACGGCAAGUACCUGGCCACGGGAGACAGGAACAAGCUGAUCAUGAUCUGGGAUGCAGCCACCUGCAAGCGCCUGCACAUCUUCACAGGGCACCGCGACGCUGUCUCGGGCCUGUCCUUCCGUAAGGGCACGCACGAGUUGUACAGUGCUUCCCACGACCGCUGCGUCAAGGUCUGGAACGUGGCAGAGAACGCAUAUGUGGAGACCCUGUUUGGGCACCAGGAUGUCAUCACGGGGCUGGACAGCCUGAGCCGGCAGUGCUGUGUGACUGCAGGGGGACGAGAUGGCACUGUGCGGCUCUGGAAGAUCCCUGAGGAGUCGCAGCUUGUGUUUUCUGGACACCAGGGCUCCAUCGACUGUAUCCAGCUCAUCAACGAGGAGCACAUGGUGUCUGGUGCCGAUGACGGGUCUCUAGCCCUGUGGGGGCUGAUGAAGAAGAAGCCGCUGGCGCUGGCUCGGCAGGCACACGGCAUGCAGCACACCCAGGGCCUGCAGCAGCCCUACUGGAUCUCAGCAGUGGCUGCCCUACGCAACAGUGACCUUGUGGCGACAGGCUCCCACAGUGCUAGUGUAAAACUCUGGAAAUGUGGUGAGGGAUUUCGGAAGCUGGAGCCCCUCUGGGACAUCCCCUUGGUGGGUUUUGUCAACAGCCUCAAGUUCUCAGCAGACGGUGACUUCCUGGUGGCUGGCAUCGGGCAGGAGCACCGGCUCGGACGGUGGUGGAGACUCAAAGAAGCCAAAAACAGCAUCUGCAUCAUCCCCCUGAAGCGGAGGGCCGCAGCCUCUGGCCCUGAAUCUCCUGGCAGCUCCUAG